AUGGCAGCCGCCGGUGGUGCUAUGGCUCAGAUGACCGCCCCUAUGAAAAACUUCAAUGUCACCAGUCCUGUCAGCAACGGUCCGUACGUCGCAGGCCAGAUUCUGCCUUGUACCUACGUCCUGUUUUCCGAAGUCGACAGUUCAUCACUUCAACUACAGAUCGUCCUUGAGCCUGUUUCCGGAGGCGCAUCCAACUCUACAACAACAGCACCAACGACCAUGGUGAUUGCCCAAAGUGCCGAUGUGUCCAAAACCGAUGGUUCAGCCAAACAGAAUGGAAACAUGACGUAUUACGAGCACUCGAUCAAUUACAGCAUCCCAAAGGCCGCAACGCCGGGCAAUUAUGAUGUGGUCUUUAAGGACUUGUCGACCAACACCGACUUGUCUGUCCCCAUUGAAAUCCGUCCUAUGAGCGCUGCUACUUCAAGCCAUCCAUCCGCUACGGGCAGCAGUGGCGGUGACAUGAGCGUCUUUGCUAGUGCUCCGUCGAUGCAUCAUCAACAGUUGACGGCAAAGGCCCUCUGGGCUCUGGCCAUCGUGGCGGGCGUUGCCAUCAUGUUGUAA